AACUCCCGCUAAAACCAUUGCGCAAACGCCGAAUGCAGCUGUCAGUUCAAAUUCGAAAACACCAAACGGUCAUUCGACGUGACAGUCCUUUAAGCGCAACGAAAAUGAUGAUUUUAAAACCAACUCAUAAAAUAAGUUGACGUGUGUUUUGGCGAAUAAAGGACCAUGUCGACCCCCAGGAAUUUUGUGACUCCCCGCAAAGGUCCGAAAACUCCGGCACUGAGCGAAAACAAUUUCACAACGCCCCGCAUGAACUAUGUUACCCCCAAGAGAGGUGUUAAACAACCACCACCAUCUGACACACCGGAAUGUUUCAGUCAAGUAACGAUGGAAACACCGAAGGUGAGCACGAAACGUCGCAGCAGCAGAGAGGUAUGUGAUCAGGAAAGUAAUCUUACGGUGGCUGUUAGGAUACGGCCCAUGAACAGCAGGGAACUGGCUAUUGUGGGUUCGACGAACAUCGUGAACGUGAAAGACAAAGAUUUGAUCAUAACUGCGGGGAACAAUGGGAUGAGUUUCGAUCACAUCUUCCAAUAUGAUCAUGUCUUUUGGUCGUGUGACGAAAACAGUCCAGUUUAUUCCACACAGGAUGAUGUCUUUAUGACAAUAGGCAAACCUUUGUUGAACAGCGCAUUUAGGGGGUAUAAUGCUUGCCUGUUCGCUUAUGGACAGACUGGAUCAGGUAAAAGUUUCAGCAUGAUGGGACGUAACACUUGUGAAAUUGUUGACAUAGAUUCAGAAGAAUUCUCUGGUAUCACACCCAGAUUCUGCAGAGAUUUGUUUGAAAGAAUUCAAACAUUGCCUGUGUGUACUUCAGCCAGUGUGGAAGUGAGUUACUUUGAAAUUUAUAAUGAAAAAAUACAUGAUUUACUGGCAGAACAAACUGGGCUCAACAGGACACCAUUAAAAGUCAGAGAGCACCCAGUUUGGGGACCUUAUGUGGUGGGCUUAAGUGUGCACACAGUUGCAUCUUACAAGGAACUAAGAAAUUGGCUUCUGUUGGGAAACAAAAAUAGGGCCACAGCUGCUACUACAAUGAAUGAAAAGUCAUCUAGGUCCCAUGCCAUUUUCACCAUAGAACUUAGCUUAUUGGACAGUUCCUCAGAGACUGAUGGAUGCAGGAGAAGUAGAGUCAGUUUGGUGGAUCUGGCGGGUAGUGAAAGGCUCGGCAAUUCGCACAAUACUGAGGAGAAAAUUCGACAGGGGGUUUCAAUUAAUAAAUCACUGUUGACAUUAGGAAAAGUCAUUUCAUCAUUGGCUGAUCAAAAAAGAAAUUUAUUUGUACCUUACAGAGACUCUGUACUUACUUGGCUGUUGAGGGAGAGUUUGGGUGGAAACUCCUUGACUUCAAUGUUGGCUACCAUAACCCCAGCCAGUACACAUUUAGAUGAAACCUUGGCAACAUUAAGGUAUGCCUGUCAAGCUAGAUCCAUAGUAAACAGAGCUAGGAUCAAUGAAAAUCCACAUGACAAGCUGAUUAGGGAGUUGAGAUGUGAAGUUGAAAGGCUGAAAGCUCUAAGGCAAGACUAUGAAAGAACUUCUCUGUCAUCAUCAUCUUUAAUCCAACUCAGUGACAGCAAUAGUGAUGAAUUGGAACAGCUAAGGUUACAAUUAAAGGAAACUGAAAAGCAGUUGGCUCAGGCACAAGAGAGUUGGCAGCAAAGAUUCAUGGAAACCAGAGAGAACCAAAUGAAAGAACUGGCUGAAGCUGAGAAGUACAAGAUUGAAUUGGAAUCUAAAGUUAGGAUAAUGAAGACUGCUGACACAAACAUUAAUUUAUCACCAUUUAGGUCUAACUUCCUCACAGAACUGGAAGGUGUGUUGACUGAAGAGCAUGUAGAAGACAAUUCAAACAAUCAAAUGUUAGAUAAUGUAAUGGAGUGGUGCAGCCAAAAUGAUUUAAUUUGUAGCUGCACUGGAAAUUCUUUAAUUAUCACAAAUCCUAAUGCAAGAAAACAGGCCACAGCAUCACUGAGUGAAAUUUGUGAUUUGAAUGGGCAUGAGAAUAUUAAUGAUUUUGUAAAUAGUUUGCUUUGGGUGGAAAUUAAAAAAAAUAAGAAGCUUUCAAAGGUGGAUGUUAGGUCUUCCAUUAAUCAAAUGUACGAAAUUUUAUCCAGUCUUCAGCCACCAGAGCAAGAUAAUCACCUAAAUUUAUUGUAUGCCAAAGUCAACAAAACAUUGCAAAGUUUUGAAGCUGCACUACUUAAUAGUAUAGGAAAGAAUAACCCAAAGUCAGUCACUUUUAAUAUGUAGUCGUUUUUGUUACUUGUAUAUAUACUUAUCUUAUUUCCUUAUUUAUUUACAAUUUGUUUACAUCAAUUUAUACGAUUUUAUUUUGUAAUAUAUCAUGUAUAUUGUGCCGACGUUAACUGUAUAGUGAGAACAAAAUAAAUUGUGACACAAA